UUUUCAUUUCAUUUCAUCAUCCCUACAUUUCACAUUUCGCCGGUCAUCUCUUCUUCUUGCUAAUCUAGACUGCUUCGUUUCUACAUUUUGUCGUCGCCAUGUCGUGGUUGUUUGGGAUAAAGAGUACCCCGCCGGCCCCCAACCCCUCCGACAUUCUGGGGGUGGACAUCAACUCGGCGGCUGGUGGGAGUGGUGGGGACGGGAAGGACCCUGCAAAAGAAGCCGCUCAAAAAGGCAUCGAGUCCAACUACAGAUUCGACUCGUCAGCACUCGAAAGAGCUGCGGCCGCGGCCAAGGAUCUAGAAAAAUCGUCACAUGCCAAAGAAGCUUUAGAGCUAGCAAAACUUCAAGAAGCUACGAAACAAAAGGACUAUGACGCAAGAAUUGCAGAAUUUCAAGCGGCGACGGAACAAUCAAAAAUGGACUCUCUUCGUUUGGCCGCAGAAGAGAGGAGGAAAAUAUUACAGGAAGAGUCAAAACUUAAUCAACAGAAGGCAUUGUAUGAGGAUGAACUCGCUCGGAGACGAUAUGGAGACCAACUUGAACAGCAGAAAAGGGCUCAAGAAGAAACGUUACGAAGACAAGAAGAAUCUGUGACCAAGCAAGAACAAAUUCGUCAGCAAAGUGUUAUGAAAGAACUUCAGAUGCGGGAGGCAGAGAGAAAAAACAGAGUUAAAGAGGAGGCGGAAAUCAAAGCAAAGGUAGAGCGAGAAAAUCGGGACAUUUACUUGGAACAAAUCCGUUUAAGGGCUCAAGAGGGUCGAGUUACCACAUUAGAGUCUAUAAAAACCAUUGGAUCUGUUGUGGGUACUGGUCUUCAAUCAUUUGUUUCUGACUGGGACACAAUGGUUAAGGCUGCAGGAGCAAUGUCACUACUUGCACUAGGUGUUUAUGCAGCAAAGAAUACUACUUAUCUUGCGGCAAGAAGAAUGGAGGCUGUCCUAGGAAAACCAUCACUAGUCAGAGAAACCUCAAGAUUUUCUCCGCUGGAACUUUUUCAACACCCGAUUCAAAUAGUUAAGCGGCUGUUUAGGAAACAAGAAGAAGCCCUUUCUGGAGUUGUGCUCCAUCCGAAGCUUGAAGAACGAUUGCGUGACAUUGCAAUUGCUACUAAAAAUACUAGAACAAAUAAGGGAUCACAUAGAAAUGUUAUGUUUUAUGGUCCACCUGGAACGGGUAAAACUUUAUUCGCCAAAAGACUGGCAGUUCAUUCUGGAAUGGACUACGCACUUUUAAGUGGUGGAGACGUUGGUCCCUUAGGGAAAGAUGGUGUAACAGCUAUUCACAAGGUGUUUGAUUGGGCCCAUGCAUCCAGAAAAGGACUUGUUCUAUUUCUGGACGAGGCCGAUGCUUUCUUGAGGAAACGAUCUGCAGAAAAAAUGAGUGAAGAAAUGCGUUCCGCUUUAAACGCGUUUUUGUAUCGUACUGGUGAACAAUCCAAGAAAAUCAUGGUGGUGGUUGCAUCCAACACUCCUGAGCAAUUAGAUUUCGCUGUCAAUGAUCGAAUUGACGAGAUGGUACAUUUUAUUCUACCUGGUAAAGACGAACGGGAGCGACUCGUCAGAUUAUACUUUGACCGUUUUAUCUUGGAAGUAGCUGAUAAAAGAGGGUCCCGAAUGAAAUUAGGAGAGUUUGACUAUUCACAAGUAUGUUCCGAAGUUGCCACUGUCUGUGAAGGUAUGAGUGGUCGAGAAAUUGCGAAAUUAGCAUCAGCUUGGCAGGCAACUGCUUUCGCUUCUGAAGAUGGAAUUUUGACAAAAGGCAUGAUGUUAGACCGAGCAAGAGAUGCUGCAGUACAACAUAGACAGAAAACAGAGUGGUUAGCUGACUCAGAGAGAACUAAAACAUUUGCAGUUUGAUUAGAACUUUUAGUAAUAAUUAGCUGUUUAUAUUCUGGAUACCAUAUUUUUGUAAUAGUCUGACAGGAAGUUGUAUUCAUUGCUUUGCUACAUUACCAGUCUUAGUCUUAUCGUCGCCAAGUUUGUAAACCCGUGUUGUUGAAAGUUAUGGAUGAAUAAGAUUCCUAGUGAAUUCGGUACGUC